GGAAGGCAUGAAGGGCACUAUGUACCCGCCUCUCUGCGGUGGAGGUCACCUUCCUUCUAUGUUGCCUGGUUCUCAUGCGGAGCCUCUUGUAGCGCGGCUGUUCCGCCGUGUCUUGUGGUUUUCAAUAAAGUUUUCCUCUCUGUAUGGAGCUCAAGAUGGCGGCCUCCUGGUCGCCCUUGGUUACCCUGCGCUUGGCGGUGGGGAGCCGGCUGACAGGGCGAUGUGUUGAGUGCAGGGCGCGGGCCGUCGCAAUCCUACCUCCGGCCCCUGGCCCUGGGAAGCCCCUCUGGAAAGCCUAUACAGUUCAGACAUCCAAGAAUGUGAGGCCAACAGCAGCUUCUGAGGCCCAUUCAAAAGCUUUGGCUGUUUGUCAGGGACCUCUGGACCACUAUGACUUUCUGAUCAAAGCUCAAGAGUUGAAGGAUGAUGAACAUCAACGAAGAGUCAUACAGUGUUUGCAGAAAUUACAGGAGGACUUGAAAGGAUACCAUCUAGAGGAAGAAGGCCUUUUUUCAAAGCUUUUUUCAAGGAACAAACCUCCAAAGGGCCUGUAUGUUUAUGGAGAUGUUGGUACGGGGAAAACAAUGGUGAUGGACAUGUUUUAUGCUUAUGUGGAAAUGAAGAGGAAAAAACGGGUCCAUUUUCAUGGUUUCAUGUUAGACGUGCACAAAAGAAUACAUUGCCUUAAACAGAGUUUGCCAAAAAGGAAGGCAGGAUUCAUGGCUAAGUCAUAUGACCCAAUAUCUCCCAUAGCUGAAGAAAUCAGCCAAGAAGCAUGUCUCCUAUGUUUCGAUGAAUUUCAGGUCACCGACAUCGCUGAUGCCAUGAUUCUGAAACAGCUUUUUGAAAAUCUGUUCAAAAACGGGGUCGUCGUUGUGGCAACAUCUAACAGACCACCGGAAGAUCUCUAUAAAAAUGGGCUCCAGAGGGCUAGCUUCAUACCAUUUAUAGACAUCCUGAAGGAAUAUUGUAAUACAGUCCAGCUGGAUUCUGGGAUAGAUUAUCGGAAAAGGGAACUCACUCCUGCAGGAAAGCUCUACUACCUGUAA